UAAUAAAUAAUAAAUUGUAUCUAGUGUUAAUCAAGCAAAUUAUAAAUAGUUUAGUUGAAAAUAGAAAUGGCUGACCAAAAACUUAGAAUUGUUGCUCUCAUCUCUAUCAAGUAAGAAUCAAGAGAAUAACUUUUACCUGUCUUUAAGACUCUUAUUGAAGAAACCAGAAAAGAAGAAGGAAAUAUUAGCUACGUUCUUACUAAUGAUGUGAAAGAUUAAAACUCAUUCGUAUUUGUUGAAGAAUGGAAAAGCCAAGAAGCUAUUAAUUAACAUAUGGCAUCUGCUCAUUUUGUUGCAUUUUAAGGAUAAAUUAAAGAUCAUUUGGCUGCUGUUCCUUAAGUUAAAAUUCUUUCAGAACACUUUUGA